GCCGUGGUGGGAAUAGUUCUGAUGGGGAUAGCCCUGAGAAUGGCUAUACCCAUCGCCGUCCAGGCCGCCGUAGCCGUCAUGGUGUUCGUGGCCGUAUCCUGGUUCGCGGUCUCCGUACUCAUGGCCGCCGAAUCCAUUGUAGCCGCGAUGCUCCUCGAAGCUGUCAUAGCCAUAGCCGUCGGUGUCAUAUCCGUCGUGGCCAAAUUCGUCAUGGCCAUAUCCGGCGUGACCGUAGCCGUCGUUGCCGUAGCCGCCAUAGCCCUCGGGAUAUCCUAGGUCGAAAGGCUCGUCGUAAGACUGGUCGUACGGCUGCUCAUGGUGACCGCCAUAACCACCAUGACCACCGAAUCCUUCCUCCUCGUAGCCGUGGGGAUAUCCAGACUCGUAACCGUGGUCGUUAUAACCGCGGUCGCCGUAGCCUUGGCCACUAUAGCCUUGGCCACCAUAGCCUUGGCCACCAUAGCCUUGGCCACCAUAGCCUUGGCC